AUGGAACAAGAGAGAUGGUCUCCACUGCCACCUGGUUUUAUUAAGAUUAAUGUUGACGGAGCCACAAUGAAUUCUUGGGGUAAAGGUGGUAUCGGCGGUCUGUCUCGUUAUCUAGCUUCGAUUUCAAAGGCAGUAGGGCAAGGUCCUCCUGUGCUGGCAGAGUUAUUAGCUAUUAAACAAGGCAUCUCUAUGUUCUUCGAUUUGGAAGUUAACAAGAAGAAUAGGUUGAUCGUUGAGAGUGAUUGUAAGACAGCUUUAGACUGGGUAAAAGACCCUCUAUUAUGUCCCGGACCUUUCUUGGAUCUGGUUGGAGAUAUUGUAUCAGUUAUUAGAGAACGGGUAAUUGUAUUUUGUUGUGUUAAGAGGAGCGUUAAUGCGAAAGCUGAUGAACUAGCAAAACAAGGAAUAGGGUAG